AAAACAAGGAAAUAUUCUCCCAUUAUUUUAGAAGAGCAAGAAAAGAAAACAUUAGAUGUGAAGAAACUUGCAGUGAAAAGGCUGAAGAAGUGUUGCUCUUGUACCCCAACAAAAGCAAAAAACUUUAUUGUUGGCUUUUUGCCUGUCAUAGAAUGGUUUCCAAAGUACAAAUGGAAAGAAUGGAUUUUAGGAGAUAUUAUGUCCGGGCUUAUCGUGGGCAUCCUACUUGUCCCUCAGUCAAUAGCCUAUUCGUUGCUCGCAGGGCAGGAGCCAAUAUAUGGGCUAUAUACCUCAUUCUUUGCCUGCAUCAUCUAUUUCCUGAUGGGAACAUCAAAGCAUAUUUCAGUUGGUAUCUUUGGUGUGCUUUGCUUAAUGAUUGGCCAGGUAGUGGAUCGAGAACUACAGUUUGCUGGGUUUGACCUCUAUGAUGAUAGUAAUAGCACUACCCAAUCAGAAAUGUUCAAUCAGUCUGCUCAUGUGUGUGGCAGAAGUUGCUAUGCAAUUCGUGUUGGCUCAACAUUGACUUUUAUGGCUGGAGUCUAUCAGGUGGCCAUGGGCAUCUUCCAAGUGGGCUUUAUAUCAGUAUACCUGUCUGAUUCCUUACUUAGUGGGUUUGCCACUGGAGCAUCAUUCACCAUACUCACUUCACAAGUUAAGUAUCUUCUUGGGAUCAGCAUUCCACGUGCCCAAAGUCCUGGUUCACUUGUGCAAACUUGGGUGAACAUCUUUAAAAAUAUCCAUACUACUAAUAUCUGUGACCUAGUAACCAGCAUGGUGUGCCUUCUGGUUCUAGUGCCUUUAAAAGAAAUAAAUGAAUAUUAUAAAUCCAAGUUGAAAGCACCGAUUCCAGGCGAGCUUCUGGUUGUAGUUGCUGCUACCUUGGUCUCUCAUUAUGGAAAUUUGAAUGCGAACUUUAAUUCUACUGUUGCUGGAAACAUUCCUACUGGAUUUAUGGCUCCCACCUCUCCAGACUGGAGCUUGAUACCUCGAAUUGCUGCAGAUGCCCUUCCAAUUUCUAUAAUUGGCUUUGCAAUUACAGUUUCUCUUUCUGAAAUGUUUGCCAAGAAGCAUGGGUAUACAGUGAGAGCCAAUCAAGAAAUGUUUGCUAUUGGUACCUGUAACAUUAUUCCAGCUUUUUUUCAUUGCUUCACAACCAGUGCUGCUCUCGCAAAAACCCUUGUGAAAGAGUCCACGGGUUGCAGGACGCAAUUCUCAAGUAUAGUGACUGCUUUAGUGCUUCUCCUUGUGCUUCUUGUGAUUGCACCUCUUUUCUACUCUCUUCAGAAAUGUGUCUUGGGUGUCAUAACUAUUGUAAAUCUCCGUGGCGCUUUAAGAAAAUUUCUUGACUUACCCAGAAUGUGGAAGGUGAGCAAGGUGGACACUGUCAUAUGGUUUGUUACAAUGUUAUCAUCGGCCUUAAUCAGCACAGAGUUAGGACUAUUAAUUGGGGUUAGCUUUUCUGUGAUGUGUGUCAUUGUGCGAACACAAGUGCCAAGAGCCACUACGCUUGGCCAUUUGGAGGGGACAGAAAUUUAUGAAGACUUGGGAAGGUAUAAAAAUCUUCAAAAUUUGUCUGGUAUCAAAAUAUUUAGAUUUGAAGCUCCAUUAUACUAUGCAAACAAAGAGUUCUUCAAGCGAUCUCUCUAUAAAGAGACAGGAGUUAACCCAACACUAGUAAUCGUAGCAAGGAAAAAAGCAGAAAGGAAAAUGAAUCAGGAAAUGAAACAAAAAGUGACAGUAAAUUCUUGUACUUCCAUGAAGACUGAGGUUACGGUACAACUCUCCAAGCAAGAGUUUGAAUUUCAUACAGUUAUUAUUGAUUUCUCAGUCAUUCAAUUCUUGGAUACUGCAGGUAUAGCUACAGUAAAGGAAGUCUUUAAAGAUUACAAACAGAUUGGAAUCCCAAUUCUUCUAUCAAACUGUAAUGCCUCGGUUAUUGAUAGUCUUCGCAUUGGAGGCUAUUUUGAAAAUGGUAACAUCCACACAUUGGUAUUUUACAGUAUUCAUGAUGCUGUUAUGUUUGCUUCAAACAUACACCAAAAGAAUGGUGACUGGGAAGCAAGCAACCUCUGUUAAUGUUCAACUGUAACCAAAUACAAGAAAACUACCCAGCAUUGUUAGCUUGAGAAACUUGAACAUGUUGUUUCAAAGUAAACUGAAAUAAUGUCUUCAUUUUAACUUGAUGAAUUAUUUUACAUGCGUCUGCAAGUUUUGUCUUUUACAUAUAUUUCUGUAUAUUUCUGAUCAUGAUGCUUAUUAUGAGGUGGGAUUAGAAUAUGCGGAACUUCUAAGCAACAACGUUUAAUAGCAUUUGUUUAAUUUAAUUUGGAUUUCAUAUUUUAAGGAGAGGCUCUGAGUUCUUAAACACUUAAUAUUGGAGAAGUUUAAUUUUUGAAAAGGUAGUUAUAAACAUUUUUCUAGAGGCUACAGAGUUAAAAAGUAAGUUUUGCGAAAGAUGUUCUAUGAAGCCAAACCUUUAUGAUGCAAUAAAUAGAUCUGCCUUUUUCAGUCGCUGUAAAGGUGGAGUACUGAUUAAAAUGUAUUUUAGUAAUGUGCUUUUGCCUUUAUCCUACCUGAAAUGUUUUACUUGGGGGCAGAGUAUCUGCUUUCAAUUUUACAGUUUAGGGAAACUCAAUUUUACUCUUAGAGGAUUCUGGGUGUGGUAACUACUUACCAUGCAUCAACUGGGAAAUUGGGUCAUGCUCCCUAAUAUGAAAAAAAUGCUGUGGCAUGUCUGUGUUGGCAUAGAUCAAUGACAGCAGCCAUUCUGGAGUUAGUUGAUCCUUUUUUAAAAAAAUAGAAAAUGGAAAUGUAUACAUUUGUAAUUUAUUCUGAGCUUUUCUUCCAUGUUUGUCUCCUGAUCUCUUCAUUUCCCUCCCACCUAAAGGAAAAGGUGCUGUGUCUUGAUGAGGUAUAUAUUUUUUUCUCUUGCCCUUGCAGCCAUUUUUGUCCUUAUGGGGCUUGAGUAUCAGCUUGAUAUUGACAAUGGAACAGAGCAAAGUUGAGCCUGAUCAUGUUUCCAAUUGAUAGCCACACAUACAUACAUUCUGCCAUAUAGCAAUCAAGUGAAGGAGGCCUGACUGAUUUAAUGUUAUCUCCCCUCCCUAGCCUAGGAAUGCUAUGGCCAAAUGAUUUGUGCUGGCAGAGAUCCCAUAAUUUGGUACAACUGACCAGGAAUCCAACACUGCACUUUCUGGUCUGAAUGACACUUUUGCAACUUAUAAAUGUUAGACAUUGUUAGUGUCAGAAUCUUGAUGGGCUGAAUUCGCUACUGUACUUAAUGUAAAUUUUGUUUUUUACUUAUAUGAAAUUCACUAGUGGGUUUAACAACAGAACAAAUUGCUGGUGUAGUCAUUACACUGAUUAGAUCAGUUAAACCAAGAAGGACAUGCAUCUUUUAACUUUGGAAACCCACUAGUGAA